CCUGAGUAUACGACGCAGCACAAGACGAGAGAGGAGCGACAGGCAGAGUCGAGGGCGAGAGCUAAGGAGAGGAGGAGGCAGGAAGUAAUAUCGACGCGGAAUAGUCGACGCGGUAGCACUAUGCAGGAACCAGCGCAGUUGGAGACCAUAGAGGUGGAUCCGGGGUCGACAGCGGAUGGGGCUUUAAAUUCACAGUCAACGAGCGGUGGUACAAUGGCGGAGCAUGAUGCAGCACAGCAACUGAUUGCUAUGAGUUCUGUGCAGGGCUUUGCGAGACCGACAACCCAGGCUUUGGGGGCGAGGGAGCUUCCAGAUGAGAGCCAGCAACUUCGGAACUUGCUUGACGCAGCCAUGGAAGUGGGCGUCUUGCCUCUUCAAUCAAUCAUCUCCAACAACGGCGCUACGGGGGCUUCAACAACGGGUCAGCUCCAACAAAUGCUUUUUGAAAACAACGCUCCAGCGCCUUUGGUAUCCAGUCAGUUGUACGGCCAUGGCGAUAUGUAUACUCAGCCGUUGCAGAUGUUGGCCGACGUCGCUGAUAUGGACAGAAGCUUUGCAGUAGCCCAGACUCAGACCACAAUCUUUGGUAGCAGUGUCUCUGGCUCUUUGUCAGCGGAUCAAAGCCGUCCAAUGGUAUUUGGAAACAAUGCUCUAGGAUCUUUACCUGCCGGUCCGAUGUACGAUCAAGGUCAUCAGUUCUUAGAUGUGUUAGCGACUGCUGCCGCGUAUGUGCCCUAUCAGCUCAACCCUAUCAGUCUCAAAGGCAUUGAAAACAUGAAUCAGAACGGGACUGAGCUCUUCAAUUUGGUUCCUAUGCUAGGUUCAACCCUUCCAUCACCAUGUCCAGCCCAGAACCAUGUGAUGAUGGGCCAAGCGGAGCCAGCGGUAGAUCAAAUGACGACGGCGUAUGCACAACUCACUGGCCCAACAAUGACCGAUGUCGUUACAAAUUCUGGAGCGCAGAAUGCGGAUGUUAUCAACGAAGAUUUCGUAGCUGAUCUGUUACAUGAUGAUCCUCAGGUCAAUUAUUUUGAUAUUUUGGAUGAGCCAAUAGAGG